UGUUCUCCUCGACCGGCCAUUACCAAUGGCAUGACGUCCUACUCUCCUGAUGUCACCCCUGACUAUGACCUGGGAACUGAGGCAACCUACACUUGUGAGGCUGGGUUCUAUCUUGAGGGUAAUCAGGUACGAGUGUGUAUGGAUGAUGAUGGAAUAGACACCAUUGGAGUGUGGAGUGGUCGGGAGCCAAGCUGUGUCCGACCGACUGCUGCUCCACCCACCACCUGCUCUGACCUGACUAAACCAACCAAUGGAAUGAUCAGCUACAAUAUGGACACUGCUAGUUCAAUACCAGUGGGCACUGUGGCCACCUACACCUGUGACACUGGCUACACUCUCACUGGAGGCACUAUUAGCACUUGUGAGAGUAAUGGAGUAUGGAGUGGAUCACCUCUAGUGUGUCAGCGUAUCUGCUCUGACUUACCCUCACUGACCAAUGGGAUGGUCUCCUAUAGUGGUGGAUCCCCUGACGUGGCCACCUACACCUGUGACGCGGGCUACACUAGUACUAUCAAUGGAGAGGCUACCAGGACUUGUGAGAAUGAUGGAAUGUGGAGUGGGUCAGAUCCAGUUUGUCAGCAGAUACUCUGUUCUGACCUCACUCUCACCAAUGGAGACAUUGUCUACAGUGAUGGAUCUCCUGACAACAGAAUUGUGGCUAUCUACAGCUGCAAUCCUGGCUACACUCUCACUGGAGGGAGCACCACAAGGAUCUGUCUCAAUGGAGGGAUCUGGGAUGGGUUAGCUCCAACUUGUCAAGCCAUAAUGUGUCCUCCUCUACCGACCAUUACAAAUGGCAUGAUCUCCUACUCUCCUGAUGUCACCUCUGACUAUGACCUGGGAACUAAUACAACCUACACUUGUGAGGCUGGGUUUUAUCUUGAGGGUAAUGAGGUACGAGUGUGUAUGGAUGAUGAUGGAAUGGACGCCAUUGGAGUGUGGAGUGGUCAGGAGCCAAGCUGUGUCUCAACCCAAUGUAACUCGCUGACUGAACCUACUAAUGGAAAUGUGACUUACUCAAACCAAUUGCGCAUGCAAAAUGGCAAGUACAUGUACAUCUUUGGCACAGUAGCCACCUACACCUGCUCUCCUGGUUAUGGUCUGAACAGUACUGAGAGUCGAACAUGUGUCACUGAUUAUGGUAGAGGGACAAUCGGGAGAUUCAAUGGAAGUGAACCAACUUGUGAUCAUAUCAUGUGCUCUGCUCUCCCAAGCAUUACAAAUGGAAUAAUCAAUUACUUUAGUGGUACUAGUAUACCAUAUGACUAUGAAACAAGAGCUACUUAUCAAUGCAACGAUGGACAUGUGUUAACAAGUGGAGUCAAUGAGAGGACCUGUACUGGUGAUGGAAGCACUCCUAGUGGUCAGUGGGAUGGUGCUGCUCCUCAAUGUCCACCUGUGGACUGUGGGACCCCUCCGUCUAUUACCAAUGGAUCUCCUGGGAUACCAACAACCACAACAUUCACAGGGACAGUGACAUACAGCUGUAAUGAUGGCUAUGCACUCUUUGGGAUUGCUACAAGUACUUGUCAGGCAAAUGCAACCUGGAGCAGACCACCAGAAUGCGAAGAACCAACUACGAGUAGCACUGCCAUGGUUGUAGGGAUAGUUGCUGGGAUCGUUAUUUUGGUGGUUGCUCUAUUGAUCAUUGGAGCGGUUAUUCUCAUUGUUGUCAGGGCUCAAAGAUCUGGUAAGCACACUUUUUCUGGCCUUACAUUUGGUGGAGGGAGGGUCACGCAUAAAUCUCUUUUCACUGUGAAAGUUGACCCCCUGACCCCAUUGGACAUACCCCUGGACGACCACAUUGACACCUUGACCCCUGAUGCAGAUAUGCAUGUGGGUGUGACUACCUCCUCCUUCAGUAAGGAGGGAAGCGGAGAUAAUACACAAGUAUCUGGAAUUGGUCAGAACAGUUCAUUUUACACCACUGACUUCCCUGCUCAUGUGGACACAAUGCACGAGGACACAGACAAGCUCUUCGAGACUGAGUACACGUCCAUCAGCAAGGAGCCCCAUUCUCCCAACAACCAGUCAAAGCUGUCCCACAAUACAAUCAAGAACAGAUUUGGAAACGUCUUCCCUUAUGAUUUCAAUCGUGUUAAGUUGAAGCCUGUAAAGGACGUCAUAGGAUCAGACUACAUCAAUGCCAGCUACGUUUACGGAUAUAUGGCUAACACCAAAUACAUUGCUGCUCAAGGUCCUCUGCCUAAUACGCUGGAAGAUUUCUGGAAGAUGAUUUUCGAGAAUAAAUUGCAAACGAUUGUCAUGCUCACCAGAUGUUUUGAGGAGAGGAAAAAGUGUGAGUGCUAUUGGCCCCUGAAGGACGACCAACCUCUUGAGAUGGGCUGUGGCAUCGUGGUCUCUCUGACCAGUAUGGUGGCCUUCCCCGACUUCACUGUCAGGAAAAUGAAAGUCAAUCAACCCACCCUCGGCUCGUCCCCUGUGUUUGAGGUGACCCUGUUCCACUACACCUCCUGGCCAGACCACGGUGUCCCCUCUAGUGGCAUGUCCCUCAUCUACUUCACUCGUGCUGUUCGUAAGACACACCCCCAGGAUGAUCCCCGCCCACUCCUCGUACACUGCAGCGCUGGUGUCGGACGCACAGGAACGUUUAUUGUCUUGGAUACGAUGUUGGAUCGUAUGGAGCAGGACGGGAUGAUACAUAUCUACGAUUGCGUUACUCAUAUUCGAAAACAGAGGGUGCUCCUCGUACAGACUCUGUCUCAGUACAUCUUCCUGCAUAAUGCCCUCAAGGAGCUCAUAGUGUGUGGGGAGACAGAGAUACCAGCACAUGCUCUCAUGACAACUGUCAACCAGCUCAAAGAACCAGCUGCUGCUGAUGAGGACACACCCACUGGCUUCCAGCGACAGUUCAAGAUUUUGAGUGAGUUUUCUGGGCUUGACGGGACAGAGGACUACUACAGCUCUCAGAAUGAGGAGAAUGAAGACAAGAACAGAUACUCUCAGAUUCUGCCAAAUGAGAUGCACAGAGUCCAGCUUCAGUUCUCACCUUCUGGUUCUAACUACAUCAAUGCCAGCUACAUUCAUGGCUACCAACAGAGGCGAGGGUACAUAGCCACUCAAGGUCCCCUGGAGCACACCACUGGAGACUUGUGGAGGAUGGUGGUGGAGAAUGGGUGCAGCUGUAUUGUCAUGCUCUGUACCCUCAUGGAGGAAGAGCAGGAGGUGUGCCAUCGCUACUGGCCCAAGUACCAAGGAGAGGCAGGCACUUAUGGUGACUUCACUGUCACUCAGCAGACAUUCGACGCUUAUGGGAACUACGUUGUCAGGAAGCUAUCUGUUGCCAUGGCAACUUCUGAUGAGCCCCCCUCUGUGGUUACACAGUUCCACUUCACACGCUGGACCGAGAAGGACCCCCCACAGAGCCCUACCGCUAUACUGGACGUUGUGCAAGAGGUGAAUGCUGUUCAGAUGGCCUCAGGCAACAAGCCCAUUGUCGUCAUGUGCAACAAUGGGAUUGGUCGUACUGGAGUGUUCAUCACCCUGCAUGCUCAACUGGAGCGACUCAAGAUUGAGGGCGUGGUCGAUGUGUUCCAGUUCAUCAAGUUUGCUCGCAAACAAAGGGAGGGGCUCGUUAGCAACCCUGAGAUGUAUGCUUUCUGUCACGAGGCACUGGCUGACUAUGUGGACAGUUUUGAAACUUAUGCCAACUUCAAAGAACUGGUUUAAUUAACAGUAAUUCGCACAUAAAACAUUUAAUUUACUGCUGCUUUGAUAAUUAUUUUGUUUUUAGAUUAUUGUACAUACUUAGAUUAUACCAAUAGCAAAACUGUGAAUGUGUUUACCACUGACUUUUAUGUUACU